AGUACUCUUUGGGAAGCUCAUAGGAAAAUGAAGAGGGGGUUGAAGUGAGUGAGUUAAAGAGAAAGAGAAAGAAAAAAGAGAGAGGGAGAGAAAGAGGGAGUAAGCGAGAGAUUGGUGUUGGACGAUGAUCCAAAGAAUGGAGGAGCAUGCGCGCGUGGGAGUAAUACCUUAUUCGUUGGUAGAGCUCCCGCCAAGGCCUUCUGUUAACUACGAACUGCCGAUGGAAAAGGUUCCUUGCUAUGUGUCAAAGUUGUUUUUUUUUCAACGCGAAUCGUUCAUACCACAAUUACAUUGUUUUGGUUUUUUUUUUUGAUCGAUUACUCAAUGCGAGGAAUUAUAUCAAAUUUUUAAAUUAUUAAUCUUUCGAAUCAUCUCGAAAGUGAUACCCUUUCGAUUAUUUUUAAUUAAAAUAUAUAUGUAUUAUUUUUGAAACCCAAAAAUAAUUUAUUUGAAGAUUCAUUAGAUGAUGUGUUACUUGUGAUGUGAAUGUUUAUUUUAAACGACAGUAUAGGGGAAUUGAAAUGAUGAUGGAUCGCGUGAUUUUUGAUAUUUACAAGUGAGGGAUCAAAGAAAUUAUGAACGAGGUCGUGAUAAAAGGGGAAAAAAGAGGAAGGAGAUAAAUAAGUGAGGGAGGGGUGAGAUCGAUUAAAUAUCGUUUAGAAGUGACUAAAGUCGUGAAUGAAUAUCGUAACCACGUGGCUUUGCAAGGAAGUGGCACGUGGGAAAAUUUCGUUGAAAUACGCGCGUAUCUUUCACUCACUCUCUCUCUCUUUCUAUCUCUUCAUCUCACUCUCACUCACUCUCUCUCUCUUUCUCUAUUUAUUUCUCUAUUUACCUUUCGCUCAUUCGAAAAUGUUGUUGGAAUUUCAUUUUAUUGAUUGUCGUUCGAUUAAUCGUCACGAUUCGAAAAUUCAAGCUCAUGGAAGGAAAAUAUGUUCAAGUGUUUAAUGAAUGUUUGAUUAUCGCGAGCAAAUAAUUUUAAAAGAAAAGGAAUAGAAAAUAAAAAAGAAAAAUAAAAGAAAAAAAAGAAGAAGUUGAAUUAUAAAGAAAGUGGAGGAUGAUGAAUUUGAGUAAAUAACAAAAUGAAAAAGAAAUGAGAGUGGUAAGUUGCGAAGACAAGUAUCCGAUAAUUGGACCAGAUGAACGAAUAAGUAGAACGAUACUUGGACAGAAACGGCGAAUUGUGUUGAGAGAAUCAACGAAGAAAACUCCUAUAUAAAUAUUCGUAAACGUACUUCACAAGCCGCAAAUCCACCGAGAAACAUUCCGUUCGUAUCGCAGCUUAAGAGCUAGUGAAUACAUUUCGAAAGAGAAACCGAGAAAAGUUUGAGGAGUCGCGUUAGCUCUUCCGAUGGCGCGAAUAAUUAAUUUGUGCUAAUUAGCGCCCCAAGGACAAAGUGAAGAAGAGAAGAAACAGCGAGAAUAACCCCCCCAAAAAAACGUGAGAGAGAGAGAGAAUGAUAGAAGACGAACGACAAGAAAGAGUUCAGUUUUAGGUUUAACAUUUAUUAUAACGAGAAAAUGAAGACUUUUCAACUCGUUGAAGGAAAAGAAUGAAGAAGGAACUUCACAAUCGUCGCUGGAUAAAAAUACGCGAGUUUGUAUAGGGGUUUUUUUUUUCACAGAGAAAGAAAGAAAGAGAGAGAGAGAGAGAGAGAGAGAGAGAGAGAGAAGGAGACACAAACUGUGAUAGAAAAUUUAAUAGUUUCAAUUAACAAGGAAGAUUAGAAAUUACGUCAAGAUAUCGUAAAAAUGUCCUCUUUCGAGGAAAUAAAUUAAAAGGAAAUAAGGACAAAGAGGUAGAAAAGUGACCGUAAUAGAAAAGUUAAAAUUGCAAAUUUUCGUAGUUUCAUCGUCCAAGGUGAAAAUUACAAAAGAAGGGAAACCUUAAUAAAGAAUCCAACAAUUGGUCCGCGCGAAAGCGCCGUAGAUUUUUCGCCGAACAAAUGUCAAGUGAACGAUGAACCACUCGAGGGUGCAGGUGCGCAAGUGGGCCACCACUUCGGUCGGUGAAUCGUGCUCCAGGUGCGGAAAGUGUCUGACUAAAAUGCAGCUGGUACUACUAGCGGUGCUACUCUACUCCUCACCGACGACAGGACAGGAACCGAAAAUAGUGAGACUGGACGUGCCGGAUAUUGUCGACCCAAGAUGGGAAAACGUCACGUUGCGAUGCGAGUACGAUUUAGGUGGUAAAGAACUUUAUUCGGUUAAAUGGUUCAAGGAUGGAGUUGAAUUCUUCAGAUUUAUGCCGAGUUCGAGACCAGUUGGUGAAUAUUUUCCCGUAGAAGGUAUCGCCGUUGAUAUUGCUCGGAGCGAUGGACGACAAGUGACGCUACUGGGACAAUCCAAUGAUCGCAGAAAGAGAAUAAAUCUUGGCGGAUCGUAUGGUUGCGAGGUGUCAUCUGAGGCACCGAGUUUUCGUAUGACGUAUGCCGAAGCAAAUAUGAGCGUAGCAGUUUUACCGAAAAGUCCGCCUGCUCUUGACGGGCUUCGACCUUAUUAUGAGAUUGGCGAGGUCCUGGAAGCAGCGUGCACAUCUGCAUUAAGUUACCCACCACCAGUGCUAACCUUUAUUCUCAACGGCAAAGAAGUUGACAAAGCGAUAAUGAAGGAAAUACCAACGGACAUAGAAGAAAAUUUGAUAUCAACGUCAAGAUUGGGUUUCUCUUUGCGUUUGGAACGUCAACACUUUCCUGGAGGAACUCUCCACUUGGUCUGUCAAUCUUCCUUACCGGAUAUACCGAACGUACCACCAUUCAAGACGGAAAAAACUGCCACGUUAGCGGCGAGUAAUCAAAGACUCGCUCAAGAAGCCCCGAAGUCGUCGGGAUCCAGUUCAAUCCUAGUCCCUUCCUUUACAAUGCUAUUGUGCUUCUUAUGGGUUAGUUGGAAUUAGCUUGAAAGUACUCGAUGAAGAUCGAUUGAUGAUCAUCUAGUUUGCCACCGAUUGCGAUAUUCAACAUUGAAAAAUCUCUCUCUUUGGAGAUGAUGAUGAUAAUGAAUGCAUUUUAACGCAUUUAAUCGAUCAGUUAAUUUUUUUCAUAAGAUCGAUUUAUUCAACCCGUGGUUAAAAUAUGGUUUGUGUCUAAUAUUGUCGCGCUAUAAAAAAAAAAAAUUCUCAAAAAUCGACAAAAUAAUAAUUCAUCAAAUAUAUUAUGCUUCUUGUUAUAAGUAAUCGUCACACACACACAGUCUUGAAAUAAAUAUUCUCUCUCUAUUGAAAUUGUUAGUCUAUUUAAAAAAAAUGAGAAAUACGUUUUAAUUGCCUCACUCACUCGUUUAAUCGAUUAUGUACAAAAGAAUAUGCUAAAAAAAAAAGAAAAAAAUAAUCCGUUUGCAGAACGAAAACGUAAAAAUUAUGUGCGAUCUCGUUAUAUAUAUAUAAAAAAAAAAAUAAAAAAAAAAAAUUAUAAACUUACGGAAGAAUAUUUAUAUCUUGUAAUAUUUGUUUAUUCAUUUUUUUAUAACCGAGAAUAAUCUUUUGCAUGCAAGCACGAAUAAAAAAAGUACGAUGAUAAUUCGUUAAUCACGGACCAAGCAAUACAAGAUUCAGGAAUAUUCAAUGUGUGCCAAAGGCAUAAUUUUUCAAUCAAAUCUUUAUGUUUUUAUUUUUCAUAUUUCUUUAUACCUCACUUGCCAUCGUAAAUAAAUUCUGUAAUAAAUGUUAUUCCGAUUUAUAUUAUUAUCAACACAUUUCCUCAUUUCUACGUGUUUGAAACUUUAGAUAGAAAGAUCAUAUGUUUUUAUUGGAAUUUUACAAAAGAUAUCGCAUAUUGCACGUACGUAUACGCUCAUAUUAUAAAACACACACAUAUAUAUAAAUAUAAAAAUACAUAUACACACGUCACCAGAUAACGUACACCACGCGCACGUAUGAAUAUAAAAGUAAAUAAAAAAACACAAACAAAUAAAUAAAUAAGUCAAAGUUUAA